AUGGGCUCCGCUAAGGCCGUGGGUGGAAUCAUUGACACCACCACCUCUUCCUCCUCCACCUCCACCUCUUCCUCCUCCACCACUAUGACCACCACCGUUGUCGUCGGUGUCGUCCUUGUAAUCGUGGUCAUCGUCAUCGUCAUCGCCAUCGCCAUCGUCAUCGUCAUCGUCAACGAUGAUGUUGCUAUCGUCGCCACUACGGACAACAACAAAGAAGAAAACGUUCGCUUCAGUUACACACAGCUCUUGAUUCCUUGGUUUGUUUGGACAUAUGUUUAUUGCAAAUCGGUGAAGAAUCUUGUACCUACAUCAUUUCCCAGCAUCUUUCUUUUCGUAUCCUUAGAGUUUCGUAUCAGGGAAUUGUACAGCGAAGACACCUUAUGCUAG